GGAAAAGAGUCGUUCUGAGUUUUUGCAAAAGCCUCACGCAAAUGUUUAAAUUCGUCUCGAAAGCUCUAGGCGUUUGCGGGUACAUUAUUCAGUAUGGCUGCAUUACGCAUUGCACCUUCGAGUACAUUGGUGAUUUUGUCGUCUGCGUGGGACCAUCUAUGGAACCAACGCUUACCACCAACAACGUGCUAAUUACUGACCGGAUCACGCCACGGCUUUCGAAACUAAAACGCGGCGACAUAAUCAUCACGAAAAGCCCAACAAACCCAGUGCAGCACGUGUGUAAGCGAAUCAUUGGUAUGCCGGGUGAUCGUAUUAUGACCCGAGCAUCGUUCAAUCUAAACCCGCUUUCGAACACGUACACAAUCUACACAUCGGUCGUCGCAUCCGAACGGACGGCAGCGCAACAGACUCCAAGAUCAGCGCCAGCCACAGCUUACAAACCCCUCCCCGUGCCCGUGGCUAAGCUGCGAGAAAAAGUGGACUAUGUAAGCAGUUCGAUCGAUGAAACACGAUCAACGAGCCCGCCGACCACCAACACUGGCCACAGUCACCAGCCAGACAGCAACGAGGGCGAAGCCAGGGUCGAGAUGAUGGACGAGUCUGGAACCUAUAUAGAACCCAGACCGAGCAUUGUUACAGUACCGCGGGGUCACCUGUGGAUCGAGGGUGACAAUGUACAAAACAGUUCCGAUUCGCGCAACUAUGGUCCCGUUCCGAUUGGCCUCGUGAAAAGCCGAGCUAUUUGUCGACUUUGGCCACUGAACGAGUUUAAGCUGUUCAUUUAAACGCCCGACGGUUCGUUUCGUCCCGGCAUUCGUGAUACAUCUAAUACCGCUACAAAGAUUGAUAUUAAAUAGAUAACACGUCCCUUCGGCCUCCGAACGAUAUAGACUGAAAAGGAUGCGGCAAACGCGUAUGUUAAGAUUGUUCGAAAAGCGGAUUGAAACACUGUCGAAAAAAGAAAACCAAACAGAUAAUUGGCUAUUCCACACCGAAAAUCGGUGACCGAAGGAGUGUGUGGCAUUGUCUUUAUUUUUAGGAAUUCCCUUAGUUCGAUACAGCUACUCAGAUACACACACAGACACUUCAUGAUACAAAGAUGAUUUUCCCGCACACUACAGUUUAGAUUUUGUUAAAAUUAGAGAAAAACCUGCACUACGUUUAAUAAUAAAACCAAAACAUACAAAAUACAAAGGCCGGGCUCGCUCGAGGAGCCGAGGCAGCAGGA